AUGGAUGCGACCAAGACACUCCCAGCGUCGUGGUAUACUUCACAGAACCUUUACUCUCUUGAACAACGAGCAGUCUUUUACAAGGCAUGGUAUCUCGCCGGUGCUGUGCCCAGGUUUCCAGCUGGGGCGGAGGUCGAAUAUGAGUUUGCCCAAGUCGCCAUCAGCAUUCGACACGACGGAAACGAGAAUUUUGAGGUGACCAGGAAGUCUGAUGGCUUCGUACUCAAUCACUACCUAACGCCGACGGGUCUCUUAUUCACCACCAUUGACUCUUCUGCACCGCCGUUCGAACAAUGGUUCCCUCCUUCGCUGCUCGAACUGCUGUCGGGGUACAACUUCCGUCGUCUCCCGCACCGUCGCUCGAUCAAGUAUCCCGGCAAGUUCAACUGGAAAACCAUGGUCGAUGGCUACCAAGAGUGCCUGCACUGCCAAUACACGCAUCGCAGCUUCAGUGUCAUGUACCCACCCACCUUUUACGAAGUGCACAACCAUGACACUUACAGCCGACACAUCGCCGAUCCACAAAAGGCCAACGACGGCCUCUUCUUGUUCUUCUUUCCCAUCUGCACGCUGAACCUGUACGGAGGUGGGAUGAGCAGCUUUCGAGUCUGUCCAGGCGAGAAGGUCGGGGAAACAAGAAUGGAGUUCGACUACUACUUUGAUGAUGGCAAAGGUGGCGUGGAGGGGUUCGAAGAGUAUUUCAAGUUUGUCAGGAAGGUCGCGUUGGAGGAUUUCGAACUCUGUGAAGUCGCGCAGGAGAACCUUGAGAGGGGUGUUUAUUCGCAAGGAGUUUUGAACCAAAUCAAGGAGAGUGGUGUGCUUCAUUAUCAACAGUUGACCAGGAAGAUGGUGGUUGAGAAGUUCAAGGAGGAAGAGGCCGAGCGGAAUGCUUUGAGCCCUGCCAGCAGUCGAGCAAGUGGUGUCGGACACGUCGGCGGCCAAGACGAUGUUGCCGUGUCUGCUUGA